GAUGCUCGAAUACUUUAUGAAGGUCCAUGCUGUCGCCUAGCAAAAUGUUUCCCAUUCGAUAUGCCAGUUUCAAAUUUCCAGAUUUAUUCAUCUCUGUGUGAAUUUGAAUAUGUUCAAUGUUUAGAAGGACGAAUGAAAGGCCGUUAUUUGAGUAUAAAUAUGAGCAGCCCAAAAUGCGAAUGUCUGCACAAGUGCAAUCAGACCUGGAAUCCUAUAUGUGAUACCAGUGGACACACUCAUUCAAAUCUUUGCAUGUUCAUGAAUUUCAAAUGUAAGAAUAUGCAAAUAGAUUAUAUGGGAACAUGUUGCGAGAGUAGCUGUUCGCCAGAUAAGUUGUUAUGCUAUCAAGUUAUCUAA